UGUGGGUCGCUAUGCGCGCGCGGACGGUCGCGCCGUGCUCCGCGCUGCUGUGAGCGGCGAGUCGAGCCGCUCCGCGAGAGACGCACCGCUCUGUGUCUGUGCGUGUGUGUUAGUGUGUUUGUUGGAGAGUGAGUGUUUUGUGUCGUGGAUAUACCCUCCGCCGUGCUCAUGUGGAGAACGUGCUCAAGAUGCUCAGCGUGCUGAUGCCCCCCUGUGCCGUCCAGGCCGCCGCCGUGGCUGCCGUCGCCACUGCCGUCCAGUGAGCUCGCCGUGAGCGCGAGUGCGUGUGAGCAGGACUUGUGACAGGGUGAUGCCGCGCGCGCCGCGGCUGUAGCCAAGGUGUUCGCCAUCAGCUCCUCGGAGGCGGACGCGGGCCUGGGCCUCGGCCUGGGCCUCGGCCUGGGCCGCGCUAGCCUCGCGCGGGGCCUCAGCGCGUCCCCGGCCUCCGCCACGCCGCCCCCGAGACCCUCUCCGCGAGCCUCUCCGUCCCCACGCGGGUCCCCUGCCCACCUGCCCUCGGGCCAGCCCGCCGGCCACCAGGCCAGCAACGCCACCUUCAUGGUGCAGCCCGGCAGUAACAACAACUACACCACCGCCGACAUGGAGUCCCUCGACGAGCUGCUCAACAAGUUGGCGGAGCUGGAGCAGCGCGUCGUGGAUGCGGAGGGACGCGCAGUGGAGGCGGAGGACAAGGUUCGGAUGAUGGAGCAGCGCUUGGCGCAGCGCAUGGGGCAGCAGGACUCGUGGGACUCCACCAGCAAGGACAAGGAUCAGGCCAUUAACAAGCUCGAGUCGCAGGUGGAAGAACAGCGUCAGCUGCGGCUCCAGGAGGCCAAGCAGGUGGAGGCAAAGGCGGCCCGCAUCAAGGAGUGGGUUACGAACAAGCUGCGGGAGCUCGAGGAACAAAACCAGCUGCUGCGGGAGCAGAACCAGAAGUGCAACCACCAGCUGGAGCUGCUCCGGAACCACCUGGCUCAAACGUCGUCCGUCGCCGCCACCUUCCGAGAUCGGCCGGUGACUGCCUCGUCGCGGUCGAGCCUCUGCCUGGAUGUUGGCGCCGAGGAGUCCAGGCCAAGGCCCGAGCCCAGGCCCAUGUCAUCGUCGCCGGCCUCGCUGCUGAUCGCCAACGCUCUCAAUAGGAGACGGUCGGACAGCGGCGGCUCCAGCAGAUGUGGAAGGCAGUCUCCCCGACGGUCGCCUCAGGUGAAACGGCACAUCGGGGUGCCUCUCGACACGGAGUCCAUGGACGAGAGCGUGGUGGGUCCCGCCGAGCCGCUAUACUCCGAGGUGGACCCGCUGCACAAGCGCGCCGCCAAGCAGCUGCACCACCGCCGGCAGCUGUCGGCCAGCGCCGCCAUGCCGCAGCACGACACCUCGCGCCUUGCGGAUCUGGGCGCGGCCGUUGAGGGCCUCGUCCUCGUUCCUGCCAGGGGCGCCGCCGAGGCCCACGACGACAUGUCCCACGACUACGCCGAGAUCUACACGCCGAGCCGGGAGCGGGUUCCGUGGACGGCCGCCACCGCGGACGGCAGCACCAGUAGCGGAUCCGUGUCGGAGCUCAGCACCCCGAAGCCCCCCACGCCCCCGCUGCACAGGUUUCCAUCGUGGGAGUCUCGUAUAUAUCAGGUUGCCGCGGAGGGGCUCCAAGUCAAUUCUAGUUGUAGUCAAUCAACAGACUCCACUAAUAAUAAUAGCAAAAUCCCUUCGGGGUACUGUGAUAUAAGUGUUCCUGUCUAUGCUACAGUGAAAGGGCGAGCCAGUCAAAUCCGAUCCAUGCCGUUCACGGGCGACUCUUCGGACGACUCGUCUGAUGGUGAGGGUGACCACAAUCAUUUGCUGAUUCAGAGUGGUGGUGGGUUGCAUGCUGUCGGCCACGAGCUUCGGGCGACGAAUAGCUCUAGUGAAAACACGGAAUCGUCAUUAUCUGGCGGCUCUGGUUCAAGUCCAAGUAAAAGUCUCAAAACAACGUCAAGUCUGUCGCCGGCCAAACAGAGUUCUUCUGGUUCUCCUUCCAAAAGCAUCCGGAGAGACACUUCUCUUGAGUCCGGUCUAUCAGAGGACUACGCCAUACCCCCGGAUGCAUUCUCAGGCUGUGAAACUUCUAGUAUUGAAUCUUCUAUGCCUUCUUUGCUCAUGCGAGUUUCUUCUUAUGCUGAAAAUACAUUAGGAAAAGCUCAGUUACCAAUUUAUCAAACCACGAAUAGACAAACCGAAUCUCUGGAAAAAUCAGGGCAUCUUGCCAAAUUAGGUGGCAAACUAAAAACGUGGAGAAAACGGUGGUUCGUCCUUAAAAACGGCAUACUCACCUAUUGGAAAUCGCAAAGUGAUGUUAAUAGAAAACCACAGGGCCAGAUUGUCUUGGAUGAAAUAUGUAGGAUAAAUAGGGCAGAGGGGGCGGCAACGUUUGAAAUUUCGACUGGCAAGAAAACUUACUAUUUGACCGCAGACUCGAUCGCCACCAUGGAGGAUUGGAUUAGAAUUCUUCAGAACGUGCAGAGACGGAACGCUGCCAAGCUACUUCUAUCGAAAGAUGACAAUAAGCCAACAAUUCAGGGCUGGCUCACUAAAGUUAAGAACGGGCACGCCCGCAAAUGCUGGUGCGUCCUAUUGGGCAAGAUGUUCCUUUACUUCAAGACUCCAAGCGAAACGAAUCCCAUCGGCCAGAUCAACAUGAGGGACGCCCGCGUGGAGGAGGUGGACCACGUGUCGGAUUCGGACUCUGAGGAGCAGGACACGGACGGCUCUGACCUCACUAUUGGAAUCUUCCCCACUCACCAGGGACCAACGUACCUACUGAUGCCUUCCAAACAAGAAAGGGACACGUGGCUGUACCAUCUGACCGUGGUGUCCGGCGGAGGCCCCAACGCAGGGACGCAGUACGAGCAACUGGUGCAGAAACUCAUGGAAACUGACGGCGACGCAAACUGUGUCUUGUGGAGGCACCCCCACCUUCUGCACAGCAAGGAGCCCAUCGCCUCUCCGCUCACCACCCUCAACUCCCCCGCCCUACAGGCGGAAGCCGUCAAGCUCUUCAAGUGCUGUCAGCUGUUCAUUUCGGUCGCCCUCGAGCAGGCCGGCAUCGACUACCACGUGGUUCUGGCGCAGAACGCGCUGCAGCAGUGCCUCGACAUGCCGGACCUACAGAACGAGCUGCUGUGCGCGCUUGUCAAGCAGACGAGCCGGCACGUGCACCACAAGGGAGGGGUGCAGGUAAACCGGAGCCUCAGCAAGCUUAAGCACUCGCGUCACUCCCAGAAAACCAGAGCAUUAAUUCGCGCUCUAAGAAAUCAACUACUGUUGUGCGCAACCCAGAGCCUCUUCACUUGCGACUCGUCAAGCGCCGCGUCCAACUCCCCCGUGGGUAAUGGUGCCAGCCUCCUGAACAACCACCAGCAGGAACAGCAGAAACAGGCGUCCCAGAACGCCGCCCUACUGGCGAAAGCGUCCGCCUCACCUCCACCCACUCGCCAGGCUCAGUCCGUGGUGAGCCAGUCCGGCGCCCUCUCCAGGGACUCUGCAGCGGGCGUGUCCUCGUCCGCACAGACAUCGGCCGCCCUUGACUGCAAGACGAACCCGGCGCCUUUCGUGUUCGUCCAGGGCUGGCAGCUUCUGGCACUGGCCGUCUCCCUCUUCAUUCCCAAGAACAACAAGUUGCUGUGGUACCUCAAGCUUCAUCUGAGGCGGAACGCAGACACUAAGACCGAAUGCGGAAAGUAUGCGGCCUACUGUGAGAGGGCUUUGGAAAGAACUAUUCAAAACGGGAGUCGAGAGGCAAAGCCGUCUCGAAUGGAAGUGCUCUCAAUUCUUUUGAAGAACCCAUACCACCACUCGUUACCUCAUGCCAUUCCAGUUCAUAUGUUAAAUGGAGCAUACCAAGUUGUCAGUUUUGAUGGGUCAACAACAAUUGAGGAAUUUUUGUGCACUUUAAGCCAGGAAAUUGGCUGUCGUGACGCAUCCCAUUCUGGGUUUACACUAUUUAGUGAUGACCCAAUUGAAAAGGAUUUGGAACAUUUUGUGGAGCUCAACUCGAAGCUAUGUGACGUGAUAUCUAAAUGGGAAACAGCCCUCAGGGAAAAGGGGUCUGGCAAAUUUGAGAAUACACGUGUUAUUCAGUUAACAUUCAAAAAUCGACUCUACUUCCGCUCAUCUGCUCAAAGAGAGACUGACCGAGAGAGAUUAUUGCUUUGCUACCAAGUGAAUCAGCAAGUUGUUCAAGGGAGGUUUCCCCUCAAUCGAGAACUCGCACUUGAACUCGCAUCCCUCAUGGCCCAGAUUGACCUCGGCGAGUACAACCCAGAGAAGGGAAGGGGUAGCGGUGGAGCUGGAAAUCACCCACAACAUCAAGUCUUGCAAGCUCUUGACAAGUUUUAUCCAUACCGAUACCGUGAUGGCCUCACUCAGGAUGGUCUUAAGGAUUUGCAAGAAAGGCUUAUUGAAAAGUGGGUGUCUCUAAAGGGUAGAAGCACUGGCGAUUGUGUGAGAAUUUACUUGACAUGUACAAGAAAAUGGCCGUACUUUGGAUCUGGUCUUUUCCAAGCAAGGUUUCGACAAGCUGAACCUGCAGUUGUUUGGCUGGCAGUUUCUGAGGACAGCAUCACCCUCUUAGAGUUGGGCACUAUGCAAGCCCUAGCUCGCUAUGCAUACACUUCAGUUGUUACGUUUGGUGGCUGUCAAGAGGAUUUCAUGCUAGUGGUCUCGAACGAUGAUGGCUUAGGCUCUCAAAAACUCCUUUUCUCUUUGAGUAAACCGAAGAUUUUGGAGCUUACUGUUCUUAUUGCUGACUACAUGAAUGCCAUGGGAAGAACUCUCCCAGGAACCCCCCAAAUGGGUUCACUGACACGGAACAGUUCACAUCGGUCGCUGCGAUCCCGAAUUGCUGGUCCACAAGUUCCAACAAACUCUAUUGGGCCCUCUACUGCCCUGAACACCCUGUCAUCUGUGGGCUCUCACAUGCUACAUGGCACACUCACUUCGCAUGGCCACGCCACCUUAUCAUCACAUGGAACCCAUCAUCCAUUAACAAAUUCUACCUUAUCAGGCCCUGUAAAUCAUUCUGGAAACACAACGUUAUCAUCAUUAGGAAGUCAUGGUAUCCAUCUAAACCAUGGUCCAUCGAGUAUGUCCCAUCAGCAACCUGAUAUACUCAAGUCUACCCCUGACCAUUCACCUGGAGGAGUCCAUCGGACAGACUCUAAAAAAAGACAUCAGAUAGAUGGUGGAUUAACAUGAUGUCUACCGCCAGCAUUACUGCCAGGCAAAGAAACUGAAUGCUAAGUCUGACAGUGAUGCUGGUGAAGACAUCUUAGGUAUAAGGUCACUAGCAGUGGUACAAUGGUGCAUAAUUCCGUCAACAAUAUUUGGCAAAAACAGAGAAAAAGGGUUUCAUCUAUCUACAAUAUUACAGUCCAUCGUCUCAUGAAGCGCGGAUAUUUUUUAAUGGACAGCAAAAAUCGUACCAGUAAUGCAUUUAGAGUGUCAGAUAUAUGGUCCAUAGAAGUGGUUGAGUCUAAAGAUUAAUUAUGACUUUAUUUUAGUUUUGAGAAGUAUUACGUUGUUUUAAUUUGUUUUAAAAAACGAUUGAAAAGUACCAAAUUUAUUUAAAACCAUUUGUACCGUGGACUGUAACCUAAUGGUACCUUAUUGUCAUCUUUAGGCAAUAGCUAACUUAAGUCAUAAAAGUUGCCAAAUUAACUGAUAUUGAAAAAUGUGCUGUAGUGCUCACCUAUUGCAAGUGUAAAUUUUUUGAAAUUUAACCAUUGUGAUUUGACAUCUUGUUGUUUUGUAUAUAUACUUAAGGAUGUACAUUGUCCAUAUUUGUAAACAAAAAAUAAUACCAUUAAAAAGUUAUUUAAAUAGCCUUACCAUUUUUACUAAUUUUUAUGUGGUCAGAAAAAUUAAACCAUGUUUAUUUAUUUUUUAUUUGGUGACCAGUCAUUAAAGUAUAAACGUUUUCUUUUUUGUCUAGUCUGUCAUUACUUUAACGUAGAAGUAGAUGAUAUCAGUAUAAACUAAAAAUAAUCUGUCCCAGGCAGAAAAACCUGUAUGGCUAAGGAAAAAAGGAUUCAAUUUUCUGGCUCUGACUUUUGUAUGUGAAAGUUUACUCACGUAUUUUGUUAUAUAAUCUCUUCUAUGGGUCCUAUGAAAUGUCCCGUCUCGCAGGACGUUUCAAGAUUGCUCGAUUUAGCAGGACUCUUUAUGUUCCUAAGAUGUUGGGAGAUUAAACCAUCUUGGUGAAAUCGAACAAUGUUCAAUUGUUCGGCGAGAUCCCGGGGGCUUGGAACCAAAUAGAGGAGUCUCCUCUGUCAUAAUCUUGUUGAGAUUAUCAAAAAAUACUAACACUUUUUCCUGUUUAAUCUAAUCCUAGUUUCAGGUUUGCUGGAAUGAUGUCGUCCAGAGAAUUAAAGAAAAUGACUGAUAAAACACAAACACCACACUUAAUAAAUUAUUAUUUGAUCCAUCAAAAAAGUAUUUGUGACCUUGCGAAGAGCUGAGCUAAAUUUUGUAAAUCAAAUAUGUGGAGUGAAACAUAUAGUUUUUCAUAUUUUGAAAAAAUGACUGCGUGGGAAUCUAAAUUGUUUUGUAACACUAUAUCAAUAAAUAUAGUUUUAAUUUAAA